CAGUAGUGUAGUGUAAGCCAUACCAGCCGGCUAGAUUUUGAGGGGGAAAAAACUAAAAAACAAAACAAAAAUAGAAAUUUUUAUAACGUUUAUAAGUAAAAAAAAUUAUAGCCUUUAUCUUACACGAUGAAUGGUGUAAAGGUUGCAUCUCAGUUCAUGUGCUUAUUAGCAAAACAAAGGGCCCACAUAAUAAGGUGAGAUCGCCGAAUUUCGGAAUCGGGCGUGAGACUGACUGGUGUGAAGUGUGAUGUGAAUUGAGAAUGGAAUGCAUUACUUUUCUCUUCUGACAUGAUGUUCAAGGACUAGGACUAGGUCUAUUUAUUAUUUAUUGUAGAAUACUAUCAUAGUUACUGAGAGUUCCCAGUGUGGGUGGACCCAGAAAGAAGUCAUAUGGAGUGUGCUCUUUUGAAGCUAUACUAUACUCAUUCAUACUAAUUGAUAGUAAUUUAAUUGCCAUUGCACCUAAAUUGUGAAACAGUUUGCCCCACAAUCUUUGAACUUUAUGUUUCAUAAAUGGCAGAGAAAGGUGUGUCAUUGACAUUAAUGGACAUAGAACUUUACCAUCUUUUCCCAGCAAAAGUAACAAAUUAUUUUAUUGUCCAAUAACUCAACAGCAUUGGCAUUUUAACUAUUUUUUUAUAUUCUUUCAGUAAUAGUUUUAGCUGUAUUAAAAUUCAAUCUUAAGUCUUAAAACAAUACUUCAUCUCUAGGUCUAACAUCACCCAAAGGCCUCACAAAGAUUAAAUUAAUUUUUACUCUUACCUCUUAAAAGUUAUUGCAAUUUGUAUCUUAUUGAUAAAAUUUGAAGGGUGUGGUGUGCAUUAGAUUUGAUUUGUAAUAGAGUAUGGAUUUAAGACUGAUACUGCGUUGAAGGGGGGGGGGUAUGCUUGGAAAUACUGGAUAGAAAAUGGUAUUAAUCAUUGUGCUGAAUGAAUGAGGUAUUUUUGCUAAUACUUGUUAAACCAGAAUUCAUUAAUUUUUUUGUACAGGAUAAUGGCUUGCCCAGUCCGUUACUACAAAAAAAUUUACACCAGAACUGGAGAUAAAGGUAAAUUUAAGUUGUAAAAAAAUACUUUUGCUAUUAUUAUGCAAAACAGUACACACGAUAUCAUUAUAUUAGGGUAAAAAUUACAAAUUUUUAGUCACAUCUCAAGCGAGGAUAAAGAAAGGGGAUGGAUAUGAUCCUCAUCCCAUAAAACGCAUUUUCUACAGAAAAAAACAAAGAAAUUGGCCAACACAAUGAGCAUCAGGAGUGCAGAAGGCCUUGAUGAUGAAGCAAGAUAGACUGGAAGUGGAAAGCAAAAAUUGAAAUCAGGAAUAGCCAUUAUCUGGUUGGAAAUACAAAAAUCAAGAACAGGGAGGGACUCACCCUCAUCACCAACAACAAUAAAGCAAACACAUUCCUUCAAUGGAAACCAAUAAAUAAAAGACUACUGUUUGCAAGGAUGAGCUCCAAGCUCUUAAAAUUAUUUAUUGUGGUUAAAUAUGCUCUUACUGAAGCUGGGGAGAAAAAUACUUUCAAAAACUGUUAUCACAUUCUGCUAUUGAUUGACAACUCCGACUAAUUCAGUUUAAUUGUAUUUGAUUUUGAAAAUUGGCUACUGACUUUAUCUUUUUAGCACUUGUUGCAUUUUUUGACAUGAGUCUUCAUAAUAAUUGAUCUUGUGACAUUGUGAGCCACAAGGUACCUUGACAAAAUUAUUUAGCAUUGAGCAAGAAACUAACACUAACAUGUCCUAUUCUUAAAGCAAUAGUUAAUAGUUAAUAUUUCUGCUAACAGGAACAAGUAUGACAUUUACUGGAGUGAGAAAGCCAAAAGAUGACACAGUCUUCAAUGCUCUCGGUUCAACUGAUGAACUAUCCUCUGCCAUAGGGUUAGUUAGAAUUGAUUAUGUAACAUUAGAAUAUAAUCUACUGAAUUUGAAUUUUACUUAAGGACAAAUAAAAAUAUUCAGAAUAAUAAAUUAAAAAGAUUUCACAUUUCAUAUUUUCCUUUAAAAAUUUGAAAGGAAAAUGUAUAAAGCAACCAAACAGGCAUCUAAACUUCCAUAUAACGAUUAAUGCUGGCACUUUUAAGUUAUUGUCACAUGGAGGAAAAUGUUGGCUGAAAGACUUAUAUUCUAGUCUUGCACUUUCUGGCAGUACUUUAGUGGGAGUCACAAACAAUUUCCUUAAAGUGCUAAGCAGACAUGUUUACCUUCAAACUCUAAAAAUCGUUCAAUACAUUAUCUUGAAGUAAAAAAAUAAACAUACAGUAUAUAUAAUAAACACACCUCAAAAUCAUACAUUGUAUGCCAAAAUUUUAAGAGUAAACAGAUCUGUGCUAUGUUUCCCAGCUAAAUUUAGCAGUACCGGGUAGUUUUGAGCAUUAAGUUUAAAAGAAAUGCUUAAUGAAUUUCAAAUCUACUUGAUAAGAUGUUUGUACUCAAAGUGCAUAGACAAGUUUUUGAGUAAAAUAAUAUAGAAUAAAAGGAAAACUAAUGAAAGAGCAGCAGGCUUUAAUUCCAAUCUCUUAUAUAAUUUCAGUUUAGCAGCUGAACACUGUCGAGACGCAGGACACACAGUGGAAGAAAAAUUGCAAUUGGUAAUUUGGUAAAUUAAUUAUAAAAAGCUACUUUUUUUCAGUUGUCCAUUUAACUUUAAUGAGUAGAGUACCAAAAAGCAAAUGUAACCGUCAAAGUUUGAUAGAAGGAAAAUAAAGCAUUCAGUAAAUGGAUAAGUACAUGGAUAAGUACAUAAAAAGUUUCAGUAUGCAUCCAUCCAUCCCUGUGGUCCAGUGUGGCCCUACAGCCUAUUUAGUGGUUUGGCCUGCCUCACAACUUCCUUCCACUUAGACCUAAAGGAUGCUUUUCUUUUCCAUGCUUGGAUUCCCAGCUGCUGUAGAUCCUUUUCCACAUCAUUCAUCCAUCUAAGCCUAGGUCUGCCUUUGAGACGUUUUCCUCUAGGAUUUUGGUUGUGCACCCUCUUCACUCCUCUGUCAUGAGGCGCUUUUUCAAAAUGUCCUUUUUUAUUUUUACUACUAGCAUGGGAUCCUGAUAUAGUCCAUAUUCAUCCUUUGUUGGUCCAUAUAUUUUCCAGAGAACUUUUCUCUCCAAUGUGUUUAGUAGGCUAAUUUGUUCCAGGUUUCCGGUUGACAAGUCUGUUGUGGCUUGCCGAUUAGGAAGCGUCGGCCACCGACCCCCUCAGCGUUUGCCUGGAAACAUAACUACUGGGCACGCCCCGCGUGGGCAGACAAAGGGUGUGCUCAGUACCUGCCGUACAUAAAGCAGCUCCCACAGGGCUGCCGGCUGUAAUAUUUCGCAGUCGGAAAGUUAGGCAGAGCCAGGGUAGGGAUCAUGACUACAAGUUGCCGGUGACGGGUAUGAGGCCAGAGGCGAGGGUGGUAACCUCUGGCCGAGGAUUAAAAAAAUGCAGCCGUGAGAAAUCUGCCCCUAGGCAACCGUUUCGUCCCAGCUACAGCGUGAGCUAGUCGCGUUGUGGAAACCCACUGUGGAAUCCCUCUUAUAGGGUGUCCGACGCUUUCCUGGGAUGGGUGGGGGAAGAUAUUAGGACGUAAAUUUUUCCAUCCCGACUCCUAGAGAAAGUCGAUCGAGUGCACUGUUUAAACGCAUAGUGUCGGAUCGACCGGGUGCCUCCUCGUUGGGGCGGCCCCCAGGUGGGAUCCUGGUCGAGCGCCCAGGUGAGGGACUUGGGUGAGGGGCCCGUGUGGGGGCCGCCCUGACGAGUCGGCAUCUCCAACGUGCCGCUCCGCGGCCCGAUACGUCGGACCGGGGAGGGGUAAUUUGGGGGGGGGGNUAGGCUAAUUACCUCCCUUGUAAUCAGACCAGGUGUAAAAUACAUAAGUGGGACUUGGACCCUAACAAAAAUUACAGUUUUAUAUAAAUGGUUUUCUAUAUUUCAACAUACAGUUUUUCAAUAUACUAAUAAUCUAUUGAUGGUGUUAUUUGAUGUCUUACUGAAAUUUAAUUACUUUUACAUGGGAUAAUGUUGGUUUUAAUAAAAUAUGAUGAUAUUAAAGAAAGCAAAAAAAGAAACUAAAAUUAAUAAGUCAACCUUUAGUUGUGUGUCGCUCAUUUCAUUAAAUUUAAAAAAAAAAAAAAAAAUAAAAAAAAAAUUUGUUAGGUAUAUGAUGGCUGAAUUUUAUGUAAAUUGGUAAUAAUGGGGAGAGACUGCAAUCGGGUUUGAAAAAUGGAAAUGAGCGAAACAAAGUAUGAGAAAACCUGGAAACCUUGUUGCAUUCUUUUUUUUUUCAGGUUUUCCCAUACUUUGUAUAGCUCAUUUCCAUUCUGAUUUUUAUGCUACAGAAAUGCUUGGGUUGUCUUGUGUUAAAUUGUUUAUAAUUGUAAAAUGUUGUCUUGGUUUAUCUACUUAAAAUGAAUAUUUACAAUGUAAUCAAAAAACAUUUCCAUCUAUUUGGAUCAAUAAAAGAAUCUUAUAUUUGAAUGCAUGCCAAUCAGAAAAUUUUCGAUUUUGCAGAUACAGUGUGUCUUACAAGAUGUUGGCUCUAACAUUGCAACCCCUUUCAGCUCUGCCAGAGAAGCUCAUCUCAGUGAGUUUGCUAUAUCUGGAAAUAAAUUAACUGGAUUGUAAAUUUAACCAAAUUUGUAAUUUGUUAUAGAAAAUAAUCAACUAGUUGUAGUCAAUAUGUUUUGAAGAUUGCUUUUUGAUGAGUUAGAAUACCAGUAGUGAAAGAUAAAAUGUAUUUAAUUUUUGUAACCUUUCUUGAUGGAAUGAAAAUGGUUGUCUGCAAUAUUUUGUGUAAGGCAAUUAAAUAAGUUUUGAUUUACAUACUUAUCUACUUUUAAUUCAGCUAUUAUUAUACAUUUUUUUCUUAAAAAAAAACAAUUUAGUGAAUGAAUUAUUUAAAAUAAUUUCCAGUGUUAAUCAUGUUAGUUAUCUUUAAAUUGUGUGUACAAUGUAUUUUGACCAUGAUAUAUUUUGUGUGUAGAUAUUUAUAAAUAGGAAGGUCAUAAACUGACUGCAUUAAUUCAAGGCCUAAUUACUAUUUGUAUGUACCUUAAACUAGGCUAUAGUUCGAGGACUUGUUAUUUAUUUGAUUUUUUUUUAAAUGAUAAAAAUACCUUAAUCAUUAGUUACAUGUGUUUAGGUAUGCUGAUAAGUUGAAAUAUAACACAACAAUAUACAUUGAAAAUAAAAGUUUUUGAAAUAAGAUCAGAUUGCUUCUCCGAAAAUUGAUGACAGCUAAGAGUUAUCACACAGAUUUUUAACAAAGAAUACUAGAAACUAAAAGAAAAUAUUGAUCUUAUAAUAUUGAAUACUUUUAAAAAUUUACAGAACAGGUCCAGUUUAAUAACAAAGUUACCCAUGAACUAGAAUUGUGGAUUGAUGAAAUGUCUGCCGAAUUACCUCCCUUGAAAAAUUUCAUUUUACCAGUGAGUAUUAGUAUUUGUGGGAACUGAUGCAUUCAUAAAUUAAUUUUGGCAUCGGUUCAUCUCAGGUGAAAAUGUGAAGCCUGGGAGAGAUGCUUUUUUAGAGGAUCAAUUGUUUCCCAGUGGAAAAAAUUCUACCCCCAAAAUGUUACAGAACAUUGGUUUUGUCUAGAAAUAUUUCAUUGGCUGAAUAAGAAAUACAUUUGGUCCUGAAUUUAAUUUUUUGAUUGAAACAUAAUAUUACACUACUCGUUUAGCUCUUAAUUUUUAAACUUUACAGUCUGGUGGUAAAGCAGCGUGUAGUCUACACUUGGCCAGAUCAAUUUGCAGACGUGCAGAACGAUGGUGAGUUUUUGUAAUUGGUUUUAUUCUUUUGAUAUAAUUUAUUUUUGUAUCAACUUUUUUAAGCUAUUGAUGAUCUUUAAAAGAUCUCUAUAAACAAUAUUUAAUGAAUUAUAAAACCUCUUAACUAACAUGGUUGGUAAUCACACAUUUUUUAAUUUUGGGUUACAGCAUGACCCCCCUUGUUAGGGACAAAGAAAUCGACGAGGAAACACUAAGAUUCGUAAACAGGUUAGUUAUUUGGUUCACCGGAUAUUUACACAUUUUGCUCCACUGACUGUUCUAAACAUUCAUGCAAAACCACUGUUAUUCUCUGAUUUUUAAUGCUAUAAUUGAUUGAAUAUAUCCAGGAAUGCAAAGUGGAGGUCUUAGAAUUUCACAGUUUUCCACUGUACCGUAGUUAGAUUUUUAGAGGAUUUUCUUCUUUAACACAACAAAUACUUUUCAUUUUAUUUGUAAUUCCUAUUUUGUUAAAAAUCAUCUUACAUAGCAGUCCUGAUAAUUUUUUUUUCUAAAUCCUACAGAUGUGCAAAUAUGUUGACACAAUUUUUAUAAUUCUUUCAAAAUGAUCUAAUGAUAUCUGAAAUGAUUUGAUUAACAUAUGGAUCAAUAUCUGUAGCACAAAACCUUUACAUUCCUCUUGAAUACCUUUCUAUGAACAGGAUGUCCUUGUUACCACUGGCAGUUUAUGAAAACUGGUUCUCAAAAUGGUUCUCAAUCUGUUCAGACCUCUAGGUUGUAAAAAAAUAACAUAGAAUUGUGAAAUUUUGUCAGCAUCUUUUUGCUGCUGCUUUCUAAUAAAUGUAAAUUUUUUUUUCCAACCAGACUCAGUGAUUUCCUGUUUAUUGCCGCCCGCUAUUGUGCAAUGAAAGAAGGUAGAGAGGAGAAAGUGUACUGGAGGGUCGCUGACAAAGAUUCUCAUCUGGCUGAGGGGCAUGGACACCAUCAUAGCAUGUCAUCUGUAGGGAAUCUGGUUAAGAAGAAUUGAUUGGACAAAAGCGGUUGAUAGCACCAGCUUAAGACUUUUUUGUUAUAUGGGGCUGACCUUCGAUGUGAACGUUUGUCAUGGAAAUGCCCACAGCUACAGCUGCUUUUGGCAAGAAAAUCUUUUUUAAAUGGUUUGAUACAAAUUUUCCAACAAAGUUCUGUUGGAGAAUAGUUGUUGAUAAAGCCUCUAACAUAUGUUUACCAAUCAUUAUACAUUUUAUAUAUAAAUCUACUGAGAAACAGCUCAAAAUGCCAGUUUCUUU